GCAGCGCGCCCCUGCCUUCCACCCGCCCAACGCCCGUCUCCCGCCGCCGCCGCCGCCGCCAGGGCGGGCCUCACUCCCGGACCCUCAGCCGCCGAAUGCUCCUCCGCCGCGCCGCCGCCGCAGCGAAGCGCUCCUCCUCUUUAAUCCACGCGCGAGUCCUCCGGCACGAGCGCGCCGCCCGACGUAGCCACGCCACCACCUCCUCCUCGCCCCCACGCCGCCGCGGACACCGCCGCGCGCCACCGGCCUCCGCCGAGGAACUCACGGCCACCGCCGCUCCCCGCCCGUUCCCGGACUACCACCCGCCCCGCCCGGACUCGCCGGACGACGACGCCCUCGCGCGUCGCCUCGCCGCCGCCGUGCUUGCCUCACCGGACCCCGCCUCUCUCCCGCCCCUCCCCUUCCUCCCGCUCCUCCGCCCGAUCCAUCUCCUCCUCGCGCUCCCGCUGCUCGCCUCCCACCCGCACCUCACCCGCCUCCUCCUCCCGCUCCUCCUCCUCUUCCCCUCCCGCCCCCAGCAACACCCGCACCCUCACCUCCUCCGGUGCUUCGCCAUUGCCGCCCACCUCGCCGUCCGCGACGCCGGUGCUGCGCGCACCAUCCUCGUGCGCGCCGUCCACUUCCCGUCCCCUCACCGGCAUUUCGUCGAGCACUUUAUCUCCACCUACAGGGCCUUCUCCUCCGACCCCGCCUCUUUCGACCUCCUGCUCCAGUGCCUCCCCUCGGCGCCCCUCCUCCACCGCCUGCGCCAGUACGGCAUCACCCCCUCCCCGGAGGCCUGCAACGCCGUGCUUUCCCGCCUCCCGCUUGAUGAAGCCAUCGAGUUGUUUCAAGAACUCUCGGACAGGAAUGUUUGCUCCUACAAUAUACUCCUCAGAGAGCUGUGCAGUGCUGGCCGCAUGAAGGAUGCACGCCAACUGUUCGAUGAAAUGGCAGCGCCACCAGAUGUUGUCACGUUUGGGAUCCUUGUCCAUGGUUACUGUGCUCUUGGUGAGCUGGAGAACGCUGUGAUGCUGUUGGAUGAAAUGGUGGCAAGAGGGGUGGAGCCGAAUGCAACAGUGUAUACAAGUGUUGUUGCAUUUUUGUGCAAGAAAGAGCGGGUUUCAGAUGCGUUGAUGGUGGUGGAGGAUAUGGUCCAGCGUAAGGUGAUAUUGGAUGAGGCGGUGUACACAACAGUCUUGAGCGGUUUUUGCAGUAAAGGGGAUUUGGUAGCUGCAAGAAGGUGGUUUGAUGAGAUGCAGAAAACAGGGUUGGCAACUGAUGGGGUGACAUACACCACGCUGAUUAAUGGGUUUUGCCAGGCGGGCGAGUUGAAAGAGGCAGAGAGGGUUCUUCAGGAGAUGUUGGCCAAGCGGUUGGAUGUUGAUGAGGUCACAUAUACAGUGCUCAUUGAUGGGUACUCCAAGAGAGGGAAGAUGGCGGAGGCAUUUCGGGUGCAUAACGAAAUGGUGCAGAGGGGAGUGACACCGAAUGUGGUGACAUAUACAGCUUUGUCAGACGGACUAUGCAAGCAAGGAGAUGUUCAGGCAGCUAAUGAGCUAUUGCAUGAGAUGUGCAACAAGGGGCUUGAGCUCAAUGCUCACACAUACAACUCCCUGAUCAAUGGCCUAUGCAAGGCUGGCAACCUGGAGCAGGCCAUGAGGACUAUGGCAGACAUGGAUACAGUGGGUCUUAAACCAGAUGUUUACACAUAUACAACUCUUAUUGAUGCACUCUGCAAGUCAGGGGAGCUUGACAGGGCUCACAACCUCCUGCAGGAGAUGUUAAAUAGAGGAAUUAAGCCUACUAUUGUGACUUAUAAUGUUUUAAUCAAUGGUUUCUGCAUGUCAGGUAGGGUAGAGGGAGGAAGGAAGCUGCUUAAAUGGAUGCUGGAGAAGAACAUCCGCCCAAAUGCUGCAACUUACAAUUCUCUUAUGAAGCAGUACUGCAUUGACAAUAAUAUGAAAUCUACCACUGAGAUCUAUAAGGGGAUGUGUUCUCAGGAGGUGGCGGCGAAUGAGAACACAUACAAUAUAUUGGUCAAGGGGCACUGCAAGGCAAGAAAUAUGAAAGAAGCCCUAUAUUUCCACAAUGAAAUGAUAGAGAAGGGUUUCAGACUUACUGCAACCUCAUACAAUGCUCUCAUAAGAUUGCUGAAUAAAAAGAAGAAAUUUGUUGAGGCAAGAAAAUUAUUUGAUGAGAUGAGGAAGGAGGGUUUGACAGCUGAACCAGAUAUAUACAACUUUUAUAUUGAUCUCAACUUUAAUGAGGAUAAUUUGGAGUCGACUCUUGCACUUUGUGAUGAACUGGUGGAAGCCAGUGUUGUGAAAUAUAAAGCUGAAGUGGAUCAAGAUGUUGCAAAGGAACAUAUACAGUAGUAACGUGAUUCUGGCAGGUGAUGGCAUUCUAGCUUGUUCAGGAUUGUGUGCAAAGUGAACACAAGAUCCAGACAUAGCACUGUCCCUGAACUGAUAGUUGAACCAUGACGGGGCUCUUCCAGAAGACGAUAAGGUGCCUGAGUGUGGAUGGGAUGCGCAUUGUGGUGUUGGUGCAAUUUGCAAGCCACAUUUGUUUGCGUGGCCUUGCAGGAGAAGAAGGUUUCUGCCUUCAUAAAUUGUUUAGCAACAAUUGCGGUGGUUACUCUGCCCAUGAAGAAUAACUCAUCUUUUUUCGAGAGUGAUCGGGGCGUAUGCCAAUUAUAAGCAACAUCGGCUGCUUCUUGUGAUGCUGAUGCCUACGGAUAGGAGGAACAUGGAUCAAACCCCUGGCAAAAACAGGAGAAGCACAGAGACGUUGUACCUGGUAGAGUGCACCUAAGUUGAAUGGAAGUAUGAACUAGACUUUAUUGGACAACACUAGUGUAAGGUAGCAUUACGAAUUGAUUCUUGGUCCUCAUUCUUGCCGUAAAUUGGAGUAAAGUUUAUAGUAUGCUCUGUCUCCAGAUAGCAUUCCUUCCUCAAGAUUAAAGACUACAUGACCCAGCUCUGCUUCAUUGGCCACUGACUUCGACCUCCAUUUGUACAUUGGGGAAUAGAUUGGAUACAGCAGAUAGCACAAGCUUCUUUGAGAAGCGUAGAGUGCAGCACCAGAUGGGUUCAGUUGUUAGCUUUCGGACGGCAUAAUACCAUGUAUGGGAAAUAUACAACUUGACCAGACAUAUUGAUAUAUGCAGGGGGAUAUAACUGUACUGUAAGAAUAAUUCUCUUCUGAGAAACUAUGUAUGGAUUUUUUUUUUCUGUACCUAGAAAACAAGGGGGAAAUGCAGAGCCUCAUGCUCUCUUUUUUUCAGCGGAUGCAACAUGUACUCUUUGUUUUCUUGCAA